AUGAAGAAACCGAAGUAUUUAGCAACAUUUACAGUUGGUAUUGACCAGAUGGUUAAUAUUGAUAAAUGUGUUAAAAAGUUUUCUGAGGAUUUUCAAAUUCUACUUUUCCAUUACGAUGGCCGGACAACCGAAUGGGACCUAUUGGAGUGGUCAAAGAAUGCAGUCCAUGUCAGUGCAAGCAAACAAACAAAAUGGUGGUAUGCAAAAAGGUUUUUACAUCCGGAUAUUGUUUCAGCUUAUGAAUAUAUAUUUAUCUGGGAUGAAGAUCUGGGAGUGCAAAACUUCAAUGCAGAUAGAUAUAUCAAACUCGUCAAGAAACAUGGCCUGGAGAUCUCACAACCAGGUUUGGAGCCCAAUUAUGCACUGACAUGGCAGAUGACAAAGAGGAGAAAUGACGGAGAAGUUCACAAGUUUACCAAAGAGAAACCUGGCUGGUGUAGUGAUCCACGUUUUCCAGCCUGUGCCGCGUUUGUGGAAAUUAUGGCGCCUGUAUUUUCUCGGGAAGCUUGGCGAUGUGUAUGGUAUUUGAUUCAGAAUGAUUUGGUGCAUGGAUGGGGAUUGGAUUUUGCUCUCAGAAGAUGUGUCACACCUGCACAUGAAAAAAUUGGCGUUGUAGAUUCAGAGUGGAUAGUUCAUCAAGUGAUUCCUACUCUUGGGAACCAGGGUGAACCUCAUGCCGGGAUAUCUCCUCGAGAUGCAGUUAGAAUAAGAUGCAAAAUCGAGUGGGCGAUGUUUCAGAAGCGAAUCGCAGAUGCAGACUUGGCAUACAUAACUCAGCUUACAAAUGCAAAGGGAUAAACUUUUUUUACCAUCUUUUACCCCAGCCCACCCUCAUUGUC